GACAUAGUAUAGUACUAAAGAUUAGCACUAGUAGGAAAGAGUGCACUUUUUUUGUCCUCUCACACCUCUGUUUUGUGUGCCCUUCAUUUCGUGAUGUGCAUGUUUUACAUCAUUUUUCCCUUGAAUUUCAAUAACUCGUAGUACCUUUUUAGCAUAGUUAUGUGACAUUUUUGGUGACUAUUCAAAGGAAAACUUGAAGUACACAAUAUGCUGAAUAAACCCCUAACAAAGUUUUUUUCAUCAAAAAGAGCCAAUUAUCUUAAGUUGAUCACAUGUUUAAGAGAAUACUCCAUAUGAUAAUGAUUACGAUCUGUCUUUCCUUCUCUAUUUAUUUAUUUAGUUAUAAUUACUAUAAUCUAAAAAGCUAAGAAUAAAAAACUCCUUGAGCUUAUCAAAUAGGAGUAUAUAAUUAUUUUUGCCAUUCAACACAAAAGCAGAGGAAUAAGCAUAGAUCCCUACUAUCAAAAAAAGCAUAGACCCCCCCAAAGCCAAGCUAAUCACUUUCCAUAGUCAGAGAAAAAUGGGUCGCUCCAUAUUUCGUCUUCCUCACCUUUUUUCAUCUCUUCUUAUUUUCACUUUGUUGCUCAAUCAUGUUCAUGCUAGCAAAAAGUGUUACAUUGUAUACUUGGGAGCACAUUUACAUGGUCCAACCCCUUCCACUGCUGACCUUGAAAUUGCUACAUCUUCACAUUAUGAUUUAUUGGGUUCAAUCUUGGGAAGUGAAGAGAAGGCCAAAGAAGCAAUAAUUUAUUCAUAUAAUAAACAGAUCAAUGGGUUUGCAGCUAUACUUGAAGAGGAAGAAGCUGCACAAAUUGAAAAAAACCCGAAGGUUGUAUCUGUGUUCUUGAGUAAAAAACAUAAAUUGCACACUACACGUUCAUGGGAAUUUCUUGGAUUGCGUGGAAAUGAUAUGAACUCAGCUUGGCAAAAGGGAAGGUUUGGUGAAAAUACCAUCAUAGCUAACAUUGAUACAGGUGUUUGGCCCGAAUCGAAGAGUUUUAGCGACAGAGGAAUAGGCCCAAUUCCAGCAAAAUGGCGUGGGGGUAACAUUUGUCAAAUUAACAAACUCAAUGGUUCUAAUUCUAACAAAGUUCCAUGUAACAGGAAGCUAAUUGGAGCUAGAUUUUUCAACAAAGAAUAUGAGCGCAAUAACGGCAAACUUCCUCGUUCACAACAAACAGCACGUGACUUUGUAGGCCAUGGUACUCACACCCUAUCAACUGCCGGUGGAAAUUUCGUACCAGGUGCAAGCAUAUUUGGUAUUGGUAAUGGUACUAUAAAAGGUGGUUCACCAAGAUCAAGGAUUGCAACAUACAAAGUGUGUUGGUCUCUAACAGAUCCUGAUAGUUGCUAUGGUGCUGAUGUAUUAGCCGCUAUUGAGCAAGCCAUUAAUGAUGGUGUUGAUUUAAUUUCAGUUUCAAUUAGUGGCAGUAUUAGUACAAAUUCUAAAGAAAUAUUUAACGAUCCGAUUUCAAUAGGUGCAUUUCAUGCACUUGCUAGAAAUAUAUUAUUGGUUGCUUCAGCUGGAAAUGACGGACCUACCCCUGAAAGUGUUGUUAAUGUUGCUCCUUGGGUGUUCACAGUUGCUGCUAGUACAAUUGAUAGAGACUUCAGCAGUACCAUCACCCUUGGCAACCAAACAGUCAGGGGAGCAAGUCUUUUUGUAAACUUGCCACCUAAUCAGUCUUUUACUGUAGUGACUUCUAUCGAUGGUAAAUUUGCCAAUGCAACAAAUCGAGAUGCUCGAUUUUGUAGACCGGGAACACUUGAUCCUGCAAAAGUGAAUGGUAAAAUAGUGGCGUGUGUUCGUGAAGGGAAAAUAAGAUCAGUUGCUGAGGGUCAAGAAGCUUUAUCUGCAGGCGCAAAGGGAGUGAUUUUAGAAAAUCAACCUAAAAUUAGUGGGAGAACACUUCUUUCUGAGCCUCAUGUUUUGUCUACUGUUGGGUAUAGCGAAGAAAAACGAAGAACAACAAAACAUGGUUUAAGCACAACUGCCAAGUCAGGUACUAAAAUAAGAUUGUCCCAAGCAAAAGUCUUAUACGGAAGAAAGCCAGCUCCAGUUAUGGCUUCAUACUCAUCUAGAGGACCAAAUAAAAUUCAACCAUCAAUACUUAAGCCUGAUGUAACUGCGCCAGGUGUGAACAUACUUGCUGCCUAUUCAUUAUUUGCAAGUGCAUCUAAUUUAAUUACCGACACUCGUCGAGGGUUUCCAUUCAAUGUCAUGCAAGGAACAUCAAUGGCUUGUCCUCAUGUCACUGGCACUGCCGGACUUAUCAAAACACUUCAUCCUAAUUGGAGUCCAGCAGCUAUUAAAUCGGCUAUCAUGACCACCGCAACCACAAGAGAUAACACCAAGAAGCCAAUAAGUGAUGCAUUUGAUAAAACACUAGCAACUCCAUUUGCAUAUGGUUCAGGACACAUUCAACCCAACAGUGCAAUAGAUCCAGGACUUGUUUAUGAUCUAACCAUUAUUGAUUACUUAAACUUCUUAUGUGCUUCUGGAUUUAACCAAAAACUCAUCUCAAAACUUAAUUUCAAUAAGACAUUUAGAUGUUCAGGGUCACAUAGCAUAAAUGACUUGAAUUAUCCUUCAAUCACAUUACCAAAUCUUGGAUUAAGUGUUGUUAAUGUGACUAGGACAGUUACCAAUGUUGGGCCACCAAGUACAUAUUUUGUAAUAGCCCAAUUGCCUGGAUAUAAAAUUGUUGUUGUACCAAAUUCCUUGAAUUUCAAGAAAAUUGGUGAAAAGAAGACAUUUCAAGUUGUAAUUCAAGCAACAAGUGUGACUCGAAGGAAGAAAUACCGAUUUGGUGAAUUGAAAUGGACAAAUGGAAAACACAUUGUUAGGAGUCCCAUUACUGUUUGGCGCAAAUGAAAAAUAAUUUAGUUUGGUUAUGAUAUUAUAAUGUAAUAUUGGGAUGUAAUGUGUCUUUUUUGUUUUGUUGAGAAAGGUUAUUAUUGUUGUUGUUUGGA